AUGGCACGCCACGUCCCCGCGACAGCGUGCGAGGCGGGGGUGUACCGGGAGUGCCUCAAGAACCACGGGGCGAGCCUGGGCGGGCACGCCCUGGACGGGUGCGGCGAGUUCAUGCCGUCGCCGGAGGCCGACCCCGCUGACCCGGCCUCGCUCCGGUGCGCUGCCUAUGGGUGCCACCGCAACUUCCACCGCCGGCUCCCCGAGGUGCCGCCCUCGCCGCCCCUCCUCAUGCUGCCUCCUCCCUUUCCUGCGCAGCCAGCUCCGGUGCCGCAACACGUGAUGCAUGAGGCGGUGGAGGACCGCCUGUCGGCCGCCUUCGAUGACGACGAGACCGACGAGUCGGACGAGGGGUCGGACUUCGACGAGGAUUGCCCGCUGUCGCCGCUACCGGCGCCGGCGAUGGGGCUGCCGGGAUACCUCCAGCCGACACCGCACAUGCUCCUCGUGCUGAGCACCGGCGCGCUGGGUGCCUCGAUCCCCGCGGUGGUGCCGAGGCUGCCGGCCUCCCUAGGCCCGAUGCCGGCACCAGGCGCCGCUUCGACGGCGGCGCGGAAGUGGUUCCGCACCAAGUUCAGCCCGGAGCAGAAGCAGCGGAUGCAGACGCUGUCGGAGUGGCUGAGGUGCCAUUUGCAGAUGGUGCGAGCUUCUUCAUCGAUUCAGGCGGCGAGCUCGUCCAUGGACGCGGCAGCAAGCUGCUUCAUCGAUUUCGGCGGCGCGAGCUUGAUUCCAACGGCACGAGCUUUGUCCCUCUCCUCCGGCCGCGCUUACCCCGUGCCGCAGCAUCGCUCAUGCCAGGUCGCGGCCGUCACCUACCUCGCGCUGCCGCACCGCAAGCCUAGACCACCUCCCGUGCGGCCGUCGCCGAUGCUGACCGCGCGUCGUCACCCUCGAGAUCAAAAAUUCAAAGGGUAG